GCUCAAAGUGAACUUCAGCACAAUUAACAACUCGCACUCAUUUAACUUUACUUGUAACGUUUUCUAAUACUUCACGAGACUUCAGUCUCUCAAUAUACUAUGAGUUCCCCUCUGCGAAAUAACAUGUCAUCAGCCAACCGUGGUGUCGACGGGAGUCGAAAUCGUCGCAAGCGCUCCAGAGAACCAGAAGAUGAUGAUUUACCGGGCGGUGCCGCGCCUUCUAGUCCGCCUGGAGAUUUCAGAUCCUCCCCACCAGCACCAAUCCGGCACGGCGUCGAAGACGAGGAUGAUGACGAGAUAGAGGAUGAUGUUGAGAUUGCUGUCGAUAUCGAUGAUGCAGAUGAGAUGGCGGAAGAUGAGGAUGGAAUUGAUCUCUUCGCUGGAAAUUAUGAACGAGAUUACAAUGCCCGGGACAAUACAAAUUACGAGGGUGCGGAUAUUGACGACGAAGGAGAAUAUGAUGAACUCGACGCUGCGGCCAGAAGACAACUCGAAGCCAGAUUGAAUCGCCGUGAUAGAGAGCUUGCUAGACAGCGUCGUAUGCCAGCUGCUUUCUUGCAAGAUGAAGACGAAGAUGGUGACUUGGAUUUAAUGAAUCAACCAAGACGUAGACGCCAUCAUUAUGAUGAAGACGAAGAUGAAGACAUGCAAGAGGAUAUUAUGGAAGAGGAAUUGUCUCUUGAGACUUUACAGGACGUUAAGUCAUCCAGUCUGGUCGAGUGGAUUGCUACACCUUCCGUUCAAAGAACUAUUCGGAGAGAAUUCAAAGCUUUUCUUACCGAAUACACCGAUGACCAUGGAGUUUCUGUUUAUGGUAGCCGCAUCAAGACACUAGGAGAGAUCAACGCAGAAUCAUUAGAGGUCUCAUACGACCAUUUAUCCGCCUCAAAAGCCAUCCUUGCAUAUUUCUUGGCUAACGCUCCGGGCGAGAUGCUUCAAUUAUUCGAUGAAGUUGCCAUGGAGGUGACCCUUUUGCAUUAUAACGAUUAUCAACAAAUCCACUCCGAAAUUCACGUUCGAAUUACUGAUUUACCCGUUCAUUACACUCUACGACAACUUCGUCAAACACAUUUAAAUUGUCUUGUUAGAGUCAGUGGUGUGGUUACUCGCCGAAGUGGUGUAUUUCCCCAAUUGAAAUAUGUCAUGUUCGACUGUUCCAAAUGCCAUACAAGACUUGGCCCUUUCCAACAAGAGUCUAAUGUCGAAGUUAAGAUUUCUUUCUGUGCAAAUUGUCAAUCUCGUGGUCCUUUCAACCUUAACUCAGAGAAAACUGUCUAUCGCAAUUAUCAAAAGUUGACCCUUCAAGAAUCCCCGGGCACUGUUCCAGCUGGCCGUCUGCCCCGUCACCGUGAAGUUAUUCUUCUCUGGGAUCUUAUCGACAAAGCCAAGCCCGGCGAGGAGAUUGAAGUCACGGGUGUUUACCGCAAUAACUACGAUGCUCAAUUGAACAAUCGAAAUGGUUUCCCUGUAUUUGCAACAAUAUUGGAGGCCAAUAAUGUUGUCAAAUCUCACGAUCAACUUGCUGGAUUCAGACUCACAGAAGAAGAUGAGCAUGAGAUUCGCGCACUUUCUCGGGAUCCUCAAAUUGUGGAUAAAAUUAUCAAUUCAAUUGCUCCAAGUAUUUAUGGCCAUACUGAUAUCAAAACAGCCGUGGCCCUGUCACUUAUGGGCGGAGUUGCCAAAGUCGCUCAAGGAAAGCAUCAUAUCCGUGGUGAUAUCAAUGUACUACUUCUUGGAGAUCCCGGAACAGCAAAAUCUCAAGUUCUAAAGUAUGUAGAAAAGACGGCUCACAGAGCUGUCUUUGCUACUGGUCAAGGAGCUAGUGCUGUUGGUCUCACAGCAAGUGUACGCAAAGAUCCUCUUACUAGCGAGUGGACCUUGGAGGGUGGCGCUUUGGUGCUUGCAGACAGAGGAACAUGUCUCAUCGAUGAGUUCGACAAGAUGAACGAUCAAGAUCGAACAUCCAUUCACGAAGCUAUGGAACAACAAACUAUUUCCAUCUCCAAGGCUGGUAUCGUCACAACACUCCAGGCUCGAUGUGGUAUUAUUGCUGCUGCAAAUCCAAUUGGUGGACGUUACAAUUCGACCAUCCCUUUCUCACAAAACGUUGAACUCACCGAGCCCAUUUUGUCUCGUUUCGAUAUUCUUUGCGUUGUUCGUGAUACUGUCGAUCCAGCAGAAGAUGAAAGACUUGCCAGAUUCGUCGUAGGUUCUCACGGUCGUUCUCAUCCAGGAAGCCAACCUACAGAUGAAAAUCAAGCCUCCAUGGAAACGGAGCAUGACGCCGAAUUGCGCGAUAGUGCUAUUAAUGGUGGCGAGCCAAAACAAGAAGGCGAGAUCAAGCAAGAAUUACUUCGAAAAUACAUUCUUUAUGCUAGAGAAAGAUGCAGUCCAAAGCUAUACAACAUCGAUGAAGAGAAAGUUUCCAAGCUCUUUGCAGAUAUGAGAAGAGAAUCGUUAGCGACCGGAGCUUAUCCUAUUACUGUGCGCCAUCUUGAAGCUAUCAUGCGUAUCAGUGAAGCAUUUUGUCGAAUGAGACUCUCUGAAUAUGUCUCUGCGCAGGAUAUUGAUCGAGCGAUUGCUGUCACGAUUGAUUCUUUCGUUGGGAGUCAAAAGAUUAGUUGCAAGAAAGCACUCGCCCGUGCUUUUGCGAAGUAUACACUUGCAAGACCCGGUGGCGGAAGGAGGAACAGGAAUUCCGAGAGAGGACAGAGGGCGGCUACUGCGACAAUGGCUUAAACGCGAAUAUGAAGACACGAGUGUAUCUAGGGGAAACGAACGCUAUGGUUUUUUUGUCUUUGAUUUUCUGGUCAAGAAGAUCCAGGUUAUUGAAUGGUCAGAAAUUAAGAUUUGACAGUCUAUUCAUGUUGCAUGAAUGAGGUCAGUAUGGAGUUUUGCCAGCGGAUUAGUUCACGGUUGUACAGCCUGGUUAUGAUAUAAUGAAUAAAUAUACCAUGUUUGCCGCGUCCCCUUCAUGGACAAACGAUGUUCCUGGUCGAAUGGAUGUGAUGGAUGUGAUUCACAUCACUGAGUCCAGUCACAUUUCUGAACACAAUAAGCCUUGCAUUGCAUCCCAUCAUGGCUCAGGACAUUGAACAGAGUUAAUUCUGAAGGCACUUACUGACUGAGGGACCAUGCCAAGGACCAACGCGUGGCUCGGCCUAUCGAUUGCCGACAAGAGGCGGAACAUCCUACCCGCACCUGCCGCAUAACUUUGACCCUCCAAAUUCAACCCAAUUUUUGACUGACUGACAUCUGACUGAUAUCUUCCAUUGACCCACAUAUUAGACUUGCAUGUUGAUCAUUCACCCUAAACAUGACUUCCCAGCUCUUAUUUCCAAACGGAACCUACUCUUCCGCGUUUAUACUUCACUUUUUUCUCCGAAGAAACUCCGCGCCCGAAUAUUACCCGUGAUUUUAACUAUCUAAUAAAUCAGAACUAGGGAGGAAGCGUCUUGACACACCAAUAGUAACAGGAAUAUCCGUCGUAGGAUAUUGGCAAGAGCGGAUGAAUCGAUGAUGUGACAAACGAGGGUACACAAGCGUGAACAAGCGUGAUGCAGGGCCGACAUUCCAUAAGCAUUUAGGAAGCUUCCUUCCAGGUUUGAGUAGGGACACAUGUACUCUUG